AUGCCUUCACCCGCUUCAAACACUUGGAUUAACACCACACUCCCAUCUUCUUGCUCUUCCCCCUUCAAGGACUUGCCUUCCACAUCUUCUCCCACAACCUUAAUUCCAUUCAAGAAAAGAUCCUCUGCCAACUCCAACACCAUCACAUGCUCUCUUCAAACACUCCACUUCCCCAAACAGUACCAACCAACAUCCACAUCCACAUCCACAUCCACCAAACCCACCACCACCACCACCUCCACCACCCCGACCCGGGAAACCAAGCCUCUCUCUGACACCAAGCAACCAUUACCUCAAAAAUGGAACCUUCUCCAGAAAGCCGCCGCGACAGCCUUGGACCUUGUCGAAACGGCGCUGGUCUCGCACGAGCGCAAACACCCGCUACCGAAAACCGCCGACCCACGAGUCCAAAUUGCGGGCAACUUCGCGCCGGUGCCGGAGCACGCAGCGGAGCACGCUCUCCCGGUGGCCGGAAAAAUCCCCAAAUGCAUUGACGGCGUGUACGUGCGCAACGGCGCGAAUCCGCUCUACGAGCCUGUCGCCGGGCACCACUUCUUUGACGGCGACGGCAUGGUCCACGCUGUCAAGUUCACUAACGGCGCCGCCAGCUACGCGUGCCGCUUCACCGAAACACAGCGUCUGACCCAAGAGAAAUCUUUAGGCCGCCCCGUGUUCCCCAAGGCCAUCGGCGAACUCCACGGCCACUCCGGCAUCGCCCGCCUGUGUCUCUUCUACGCGCGCAGUCUCUUUGGGAUCGUCGAUGGGUCCCACGGCAUGGGCGUGGCGAACGCCGGUCUAGUCUACUUCAACAAUCACCUCUUGGCCAUGUCCGAAGACGAUUUACCCUACCACGUGAGAAUCACCUCUAACGGCGACUUAACCACCGUUGGCCGUUACGACUUCAACGGCCAGCUCAACUCCACAAUGAUCGCGCACCCCAAAGUCGACCCCGUUGACGGCGACCUCCACGCGCUCAGCUACGAUGUCAUUCAGAAGCCUUACCUCAAAUACUUCCGGUUCUCUCCUAACGGCGUCAAGUCCCCCGACGUCGAAAUCCCCUUGAAAGAACCCACCAUGAUGCACGAUUUCGCCAUAACGGAGAAUUUCGUCGUCGUCCCCGACCAGCAGGUGGUGUUCAAACUAACCGAGAUGAUCACCGGCGGCUCCCCCGUCGUGUACGACAAGAACAAAACCUCACGGUUUGGGAUUUUGCAUAAGAAUGCCAAGGACGCGAAUGCGAUGCUGUGGAUCGACGCGCCGGAGUGUUUCUGCUUCCACCUCUGGAACGCGUGGGAGGAGCCUGAAACCGACGAGGUUGUGGUGAUUGGGUCCUGCAUGACCCCUGCGGACUCCAUUUUCAACGAAUGCGACGAGAGUUUGAAGAGCGUGUUGUCGGAGAUAAGGCUCAACUUGAAGACCGGCAAGUCGACUCGCCGCCCCAUUAUCUCCGACGCCGAACAGGUCAACCUUGAAGCCGGCAUGGUCAACAGAAACAAGCUCGGAAGGAAGACUCAGUUCGCGUACCUCGCUCUCGCAGAGCCCUGGCCUAAGGUGUCGGGAUUUGCGAAAGUUGAUUUGUUCAGUGGGAAAGUGAAGAAGUACAUGUAUGGAGAUGAAAAGUUCGGUGGGGAGCCUCUGUUUCUUCCGAACGGUGAACACGAAGAUGAUGGGUAUAUUCUGGCAUUCGUGCACGACGAGAAAGAAUGGAAAUCGGAGCUGCAGAUUGUGAAUGCCCAAAAUUUAAAGCUCGAGGCUUCCAUCAAACUCCCCUCUCGCGUUCCUUAUGGUUUUCAUGGCACUUUUAUUCAUUCAAAGGAUUUGAGGAAACAAGCUUGA